AUGGAUGGAGAGAGGAAAACCUGCAGUGGCUGUGAAGGUCCUGAUCACCGCCCGGCUAAAUUAAUAUCUUCUGAUGGUCAUGAAUUUAUUGUAAAAAGAGAACAUGCAUUAACAUCAGGAACAAUAAAGGCCAUGUUGAGUGGUCCAGGUCAGUUUGCCGAGAAUGAAACCAACGAGGUCAAUUUUAGAGAGAUCCCUUCACAUGUGCUAUCAAAAGUGUGCAUGUAUUUCACCUGCAAGUUUCGCUAUACUAACAGCUCCACUGAAAUUUCUGAAUCCCAAUUGCACCUGAGAUUGCACUGGAACUGCUGGUGGCCGUGA